GCCACGUCCGGCCCGGCCCCGCGGGGUCCCGGCCCGGCCCGCGCCCCGGCCCGCGCCCCGGGCCCAUGGCCAAGCGGCGGGCUGCGGCGCCGCUGACGCUGCACGUGCCCUGCAAGCGGCCGCUGCUCCGCGACGCGCCCGAGGCCCCGCCGGGGGUCGCGCCGGCCGGGCCGCCCCGCAAGCGCCGGGCGGACGCGGGCGCCAUGACCGAUCCCGCCGCGUCGCCCAGCAAGCGGCGCGGUGGCGGCGGGGACCCCCGCGGGCCGCCCCUGCCGCGCCCGGGCCCGGGGGAGCCGCCGCGGGGCGCCCCGGGGGGCGGCGACAGCGGGGCGGGGCGCGGGGAGCCGCCGCGGGGAGCCUGGGGGGCCGCGCCGCGCCAGCCCAAUGAAGAAUUUUGGCAGUAUAACACCUUCCAGUACUGGCGGAAUCCUUUGCCACCUCUUGAUCUGGCAGACAUUGAAGCUGUGAGUGAGGACAACCUGGCAAAGGCAAAGCUCCCGGACAAGAGUGAAGAGGUUGAGAUUGACAUGGAAUCCUGACAGAGGAACUGAACAAGUGGAUUUUUCUGAAUCUCAGAAGAAAUCCCGUAGUGAAUUUACGUAUUCUUAUGGAAAAGAACUAUUUUCCAUACUUGAUGUGAUGGCAUUCCCAAACCUGGAAGAUGAGGAUAAGGUGUUUUGAAGUUAAAUGUCUGGUCACUACUGAACCUCCCAACAGAGGUUUUGUCAGGAAUUUAGUGCAGUUAUGGGGGAAGUAUUUUCUGUGUGUGUUCCUAAAGAGUUUUGUUUAGGUUACAGAUUUGGACAUAGGAUAUUAUAAGAGGAAUUUGGAUAGUUUUGGAAAUAGAUGAAAGACAUUCAAAUGUUCCUCUCGUUUGCACCAAAAAGUUUAUUUGUGAUACCUGAAAUAAAUAUUGUUUUAUAAUAAUUGUUAAUAAUAAAAUGCUUUCUAAUUUU